GUACUCUGUGUUCAUGAGCGAUUUAUUUUUCGAUAUCGUCGGAUAGUAAAAAUUCUGAAAAAUAAGAUAAAUUAAGAAUCAUGGGUACAUUUUGCAAGUUAUGUAUUGGAAUAAUUCUUACGGAUAUUCUUUAGCUUCAAAGCUGUGUUUUGUUAAGUUCAUUCAUGCUCGAUUAAGCAUGGAUAUCAUGCCAAAAUUGAAUAAAAAAUGAAGCAUAUGAUAAACAUGAAAAUGUUAAGGCAGAGGUGGUGAAAAUUGUAUAUCAUAAUUGUACAUGGAGAUAAAUAGAAGCUAUAAAAGGCAACUUACUAAUGAUUUCCUGCUAAAGAACAACGUAAAACUAGCAAAGAUGGAUCGCGGUAACAACUUGGAUUCCCAAUCUUCGUUGGUGGUUCCGAUAAGCACACAGAAACCAACAGUUGAAAGGACAGAAUCAAGUUUUAGGAUAGAAGUGAGCCUCAAGUCUGGCGAUAAUAAAAGGAAUAAAAGUUUCAUUGUUGGAUUGCUGGGUAGAACCAAUGGAUUAAAAGACAAUCAGAAGAAGAAAAAAUCCAAAACCAGAGGCUCGAGAUUUUUCAGCCGCCGACGUCAUUCGCUGUCCGAUGUGUGGCAAGCAACACUGAAAUCGACAACUGCCAUGAGUCAAGCAGCUGCAAGAAUGAAUGGCCAGGACACUCCCGGUUCGGGGAUAGAUGUAGGAACGAGUCCAUCGCAGGCCGCUCAGGCAGCCUCAGACGUUCCCCCAGCAGCUAUUCCAACUGCCCCCAAAAAACCAACGCGGAGGGCUGGCGUCAAACCGCAACCCGAUCGUCCCCUGAGAGCUCUUUUUUGUUUGACUCUGAAAAACCCUAUACGCAAACUCUGCAUAGAUAUAGUCGAGUGGAAGCCAUUUGAGUAUCUCAUUUUAUGUACUAUUUUCGCGAAUUGCGUAGCCUUAGCUGUGUAUACACCUUUCCCAAAUAGUGAUUCGAACACCACAAAUGCUGCACUAGAGAAAAUUGAAUAUAUUUUUUUAGUAAUUUUUACAUCGGAAUGUUUUAUGAAACUUAUAGCAUAUGGUUUUAUACUACAUCCUGGAUCAUAUCUACGGAAUGGAUGGAAUAUUCUUGAUUUCACUAUCGUUGUUAUUGGAAUGAUUUCCACUGCACUAUCUAGUUUGAUGAAAGAAGGAUUCGAUGUAAAGGCUCUACGAGCUUUUCGAGUGCUCAGGCCUUUACGUCUAGUUUCUGGUGUGCCAAGUUUACAAGUUGUGCUCAAUUCAAUUUUGCGUGCAAUGGUGCCUUUAUUACAUAUUGCUCUGCUAGUAUUAUUUGUUAUCAUAAUUUACGCAAUCAUCGGACUGGAGCUAUUCUCUGGAAAGCUUCAUAAAUCCUGUUUUCACAACAGCACAGGUGAAAUAAUGGAUGAUCCACAUCCUUGCGGAGAUGAUGGGUUCCAGUGCGACAGUAUAUCUUCCGAUAUGGUUUGUCAGUACUAUUGGGAAGGGCCCAACUUUGGAAUCACCAACUUUGAUAACUUUGGAUUGUCUAUGUUAACGGUUUUUCAAUGUGUUACACUCGAGGGUUGGACCGACAUGUUGUAUUAUAUUCAAGACGCAAUGGGAAGCACUUGGCAGUGGGUUUAUUUCAUAUCGAUGGUUAUACUGGGUGCAUUUUUCGUCAUGAAUCUUAUUCUCGGUGUGUUGAGCGGUGAAUUUUCUAAAGAAAGAAAUAAAGCCAAGAACCGCGGUGAUUUUCAAAAACUUCGCGAAAAGCAACAAAUUGAAGAAGAUCUGCGAGGUUAUCUGGACUGGAUAACUCAGGCUGAAGACAUCGAUCCGGAGAAUGAAGCCAAUUUGGCUCAAGAAGGCAAAUCGAUUACAGCGAACGAAAUCGAUUUGUCCGAGCAGUUGGGCGAAGAAGGCGAAAUACAACAAGAAUCAUGGUUGGCAAGAAAGCGCAAAAGUAUAGACCGGGUAAAUCGAAGACUUCGACGAGCAUGCCGCAAAGCAGUGAAAUCACAAGCGUUUUACUGGUUAAUUAUUAUCCUGGUAUUUUUAAACACUGGAGUUUUAGCCACAGAACAUUACCAACAGCCUCCGUGGUUGGACGAUUUUCAAGAAUACACAAACAUGUUUUUCGUUGCGUUAUUCACCAUGGAAAUGUUACUGAAGAUGUACAGUUUGGGAUUUCAGGGAUACUUUGUAUCUCUCUUCAACCGUUUCGAUUGUUUUGUCGUCAUUGGCAGUAUAGGCGAGAUGAUAUUGACUAGCACACAAAUCAUGCCGCCAUUGGGAGUGUCGGUUCUUCGGUGUGUUCGAUUGCUCCGCGUGUUCAAAGUUACAAAAUAUUGGCAAUCUUUGUCUAACCUCGUGGCGUCUCUUUUGAAUUCGAUCCAAUCAAUCGCAUCUCUACUGUUGUUGCUGUUCCUUUUCAUUGUCAUAUUUGCCUUGCUCGGUAUGCAAGUGUUCGGAGGCAAAUUCAACUUCAACAAGGCCGUUGAUAAACCACGAUCCAACUUUGACAGCUUUGUGCAAAGUCUUCUAACAGUUUUCCAGAUACUAACAGGUGAGGACUGGAACAUGGUUAUGUACGAUGGAAUUCAAGCCUAUGGUGGAGUGGCGUCAAUUGGAAUACUAGCCAGCAUAUAUUUCAUCAUUCUGUUCAUCUGCGGUAACUAUAUUUUGUUGAAUGUGUUCUUGGCUAUUGCCGUUGACAAUUUAGCAGACGCUGAUUCAUUGACGACUGUUGAAAAAGAAGAAGGAGAAGGCGAAGAAGGUAUGGAAGAAGAGAAAAGAUUGUCGCACGAAGCUACCCCGAUUGGCAUGACCGACGAUGGGUUCAUGGAGCACGACAAGGAUAUACUAGAUUCGGAUAAUGAAUUAUCGGAUGCUUAUGAUCAUAUUGGGUCUGAAACAAAAAUGACUCUACCGGAUGAGGAUGAAGGUUACGAAGAUCAAGAAACCCAAGGUGAGAUCUACGAAGAACACAUCACUGCCAGGCCACGACGUUUUUCUGAAAUCAGUGUUCAGAAAACUCAAAAGCCUAUACCGAAGUCGAACGCACUCUUCAUCUUUUCUGAGAAAAACAGGUUUCGUGUAUUCUGUCAUUGGCUAUGCAACCACAGUACGUUUGGAAAUAUCAUCCUCGUUUGCAUCAUGUUCUCAUCCGCUAUGCUGGCUGCCGAAGAUCCCUUGAAUGCCAACUCUGAAAGAAACCAAAUUUUAAACUACUUUGACUAUUUCUUCACGUCUGUGUUCACCAUAGAAUUGGUUCUCAAACUGAUUUCCUAUGGAUUUUUGUUCCACGAUGGGGCGUUUUGUCGAUCAGCGUUUAACCUACUCGAUCUAUUGGUCGUUUGUGUUUCAUUGAUUUCGAUGUUCUUCAGCUCUGGAGCAAUAUCAGUCAUCAAAAUUCUUCGUGUUUUGAGAGUGCUGAGACCACUUCGAGCUAUUAACCGUGCUAAAGGAUUAAAGCAUGUAGUGCAAUGUGUAAUAGUAGCAGUUAAAACAAUUGGAAAUAUUGUUCUUGUAACUUGCCUGCUACAGUUUAUGUUCGCCGUUAUAGGAGUUCAGUUGUAUAAGGGCAAGUUUUUCUCUUGUUCAGAUGGAUCAAAAAUGCAAGAAUCCGAUUGCCAUGGCACAUAUCUUGUAUAUGAAGAUGGAAAAGUCGAUAAGCCGGUAUCGAAAGAACGAGAAUGGACCAGGAAUCGAUUUCACUUUGACGAUGUUUCCAAAGCUAUGCUUACUCUCUUCACCGUUUCAACGUUUGAAGGAUGGCCAGGAUUACUUUACGUUUCUAUUGACUCGCACGAGGAAGAUUCUGGACCAAUUCACAAUUUUCGACCAAUUGUUGCCGCAUACUACAUCAUAUACAUCAUCAUUAUCGCCUUCUUCAUGGUCAAUAUAUUCGUGGGUUUCGUUAUCGUGACGUUCCAAAACGAAGGUGAACAAGAGUACAAAAACUGCGAUCUGGACAAAAAUCAACGGAACUGCAUAGAAUUUGCUUUGAAGGCAAAGCCUAUCAGGCGGUACAUACCAAAACACAGAAUUCAGUAUAAAGUAUGGUGGUUCGUUACAUCUCAACCAUUCGAAUACAUGAUAUUUGUGCUGAUUAUGAUCAACACCAUAACAUUAUCUAUGAAAUUUUAUCGACAACCGGAGAUUUAUACAGAAGUUUUAGAUUUGUUGAACUUGAUAUUCACUGCAGUAUUUGCCCUAGAAUUUGUGUUCAAGCUAGCAGCAUUCAGAUUUAAGAACUAUUUCGGUGAUGCGUGGAACGUUUUCGAUUUUAUAAUAGUCUUAGGCAGUUUCAUAGAUAUAGUUUAUUCAGAAGUUAACGUGAGCAAAGGCAUGAAGGGUGGCUCAAGUAUUAUUUCCAUCAACUUCUUCCGACUGUUUCGAGUUAUGCGUCUCGUAAAACUUUUGGCGAGAGGUGAGGGCAUUAGAACACUUCUUUGGACGUUUAUCAAAUCGUUCCAAGCACUUCCAUACGUUGCUCUGCUGAUCGUGAUGCUGUUCUUCAUUUACGCUGUUAUUGGCAUGCAGGUUUUCGGCAAAAUAGCAAUGAACGACGAAACAUCUAUUCACAGGAAUAAUAACUUCCAAACCUUCCCUCAAGCUGUACUCGUUUUGUUCAGAUCAGCGACAGGAGAAGCGUGGCAAGAUAUUAUGCUGGAUUGCUCAAAUCGACCAGGUGAAGUGAACUGCGACGAACGUUCCGACGAUGCUGGAUCGCCCGACGGGUGUGGUUCUAGCAUAGCGUUCCCAUAUUUCAUUUCGUUUUACGUGUUGUGCUCCUUUUUGAUUAUAAACUUAUUCGUCGCCGUCAUCAUGGACAAUUUCGAUUAUCUCACAAGAGAUUGGUCGAUUCUUGGACCACACCAUCUGGACGAGUUUGUACGAUUGUGGAGUGAAUAUGAUCCCGAUGCUAAAGGCAGGAUAAAGCACCUCGACGUCGUCACUCUAUUGAGAAAAAUUUCUCCACCCCUUGGAUUCGGUAAACUUUGUCCUCAUAGAGUGGCUUGCAAAAGACUGGUGUCCAUGAAUAUGCCUUUGAACAGUGAUGGAACAGUCCUAUUCAAUGCAACUUUGUUUGCGGUCGUGAGGACAUCGUUGAAAAUCAAAACCGAAGGAAACAUUGACGACGCAAAUGCUGAACUUCGCGCUACCAUCAAGCAGAUCUGGAAGCGAACGUCUCCCAAACUGCUGGAUCAGGUGGUGCCACCACCAGGCGUAGACGAUGAAGUCACUGUUGGUAAAUUUUAUGCGACAUUUUUGAUCCAAGACUAUUUCAGACGGUUCAAGAAACGGAAAGAAAAUGACAAUAAACAUACCGAUUACGACAGGCGCACAGUUACAUUACAAGCUGGAUUACGAACCCUGCACGAGGCGGGUCCCGAACUCAAACGAGCCAUUUCCGGCAAUUUGGAAGACAUGGGUGACGACAAUCCCGAGCCGAUGCACAGGCGAAAUCACACAUUGUUCGGAAGUAUGUGGUCAUCGAUACGUCGACCCGGCCAGUUUCCAAAGAAAACCAACAACGUAGCACCGAAAGCUUCCGCAACAUCGGCAGCCGCAACGGCAGCGAUGCACGCGGUGUUUUCAGGCGCAGAAGGAUACACUUCCUCCACGUAUCGCCAAAUGAGCAAUGGUUUCGGUCGUCUUACGAACAAUGCUUCUAGUGAUAUCAAAAUUGACAAUAUUCCGCUACACCCGUUACUGCUCGAUGGCAGCAGUAUGGAACAAACAGGACGGGUGUACAAUUCGAACAACACUGACAUGGGUGAUAUCGAACCAGAAGUCCGGUUAAGAAGCGCCAAUAGUGCAAGUACUACAAGGAUGACACACUCUACACCUUGUAGUCCCAAAGAAAAAAAUAAUAAGGGUAUAGAAGUAAUUGGCUCUGCUGAGAGCUUAGUAGGACGGGUUCUCAUCGAACAAGGUCUAGGAAAGUAUUGCGAUCCAGAUUUAGUGCAUUGUGCUCAAAUUGAAAUGCAAGAGGCCUUGGAGAUGACCCAGGAAGAAAUGGAUCUAGCAGCGCAUGAAUUAAUGCUACAAGAAAGAUUUAACAGAAACAACCACCUUUCCAAACCACAAAGGAAACGAGAAAAUCAAGCGUUAUAGUACACCUUGAAAUAUGCAUUGGGUUAAUAUUUUUAUCUUUUGGAUCUGCUUGUGAAACCGACAAACUCCGAUCAAAUACUACAUGGAAUGAAAACAUUAUAAGUCGAUUACUAAGAAUCUUCUAGAUCCCUUACCAUUAGAACACUCAUUGACGGAAGCGAAUAUGGUUAUAGUAAAAACUCGAUUCUUUUAUAAAAAUGACUGAAAUAAAUUUUCAAUAGAAAAAAAUGUUUAA